AUGUUCUAUUACCACCUAAAAUUUGAAUUAUACGUUCCAAUACAAGAAAAUUAUAAAGGCAGCAAAAUUGAUAAUAGUAAUCGCAUUAACAAGCAAUUGCAAGUAAAAAAAUCAAAAAAACAUAUAAUAAAACAAUCUGAAUUAUAUUACAUCCCAACAGACCUUUUUGCAUCGCUACCUGCCCAUUCAAAGUCAAAUAACAGCAACAAUACUAAUAAUAAUUUGAAAAAUAAAGAAAAAUUAAGAGAAUCAACUAAAUUUUCUAAACCUCGUACGCCUGUGGAAGCUGAAAAAUUCCCAGCAAUACCACCAACUCCAGCUCCCGACAUUAAUAAGGGUGACCUAAGUAAAAGCCGAAAAUCGUCAACUUCAGAGUGGAAAACCAUCGGGAAAGGGAGAACAACAACUGCUCUUUCUUCUGUUCCAACAAAUAUUUCUAAUUACUCAACCGAAAAAUCGCUUGAUAAAACUAAAGAUUUUCGAUUCGGUGCGAUAUUCUUAGAGUGGUUUACCGAGGAAAGCCUAAAAAUGAUUGAAGAGUCAGAAAAUCCCACGACAAUUGGCUCAAAUAACGAUUUAGCAUCGACGAUUACACCACAAAAUUCAACUGGACAAAGUUCAGACAGUUUACCGUCUUCGAAUUCUACUGCGCUCCCAACUAGUUCUGCGCUCGCAGAGAUAAAUGGACCAAGUCCCAAAAAUGUAACUAGUUCAAUUAAAAGACCGGUAGCACAAUUUUUGCCAAUUGAGCCGAAUCGAACGAAUCUUGGUUAUGGAAUAUUACAUUUAUAUCGUGAUCCAAAAGAAAUCCCACAGUCAAAUGAAGCAAAUUCCACCUCUAAUGAGAAAAUAGGAAUUAAUGGCAAACAGGUUUUUAAUUCGGGAGCGAGUAGCGACGAAUCCUCUAAUCUAGAAUUAAAUGGACAGAACCUGGAUUUAAGUGAUAAAACAAUAUUGGCUGUAUUAGCUGUGCCUGUUUCUUUUAGUGCGUCCGAUUUCCUAGGAUUCGUCGCUCCAGUUCGAAAAUUUGUUAGCCAUUUCAGAAUGAUUAGGGAUUCGGCAUUAAAUAAAUAUAUGGUUUUGAUGAAAUUCCGAACUGCACGUUCUGCCAAUGAGUUUUAUAAUAAUUAUAAUGGGCGCGCGUUUACUUCAAUGGAGCCCGAAUUAUGCCAUGUAGUUUAUAUUAAAUCAAUUGAAUGCAAAUCAACUUCUACACCAGCAAAUGAAUUUUCAUUUCAACAUGAUCCUUUUUUAUCAUCGUUACAACAAACAGACACUAAUUCUAUGUUGCAUGAGCUUCCUACAUGUCCUGUCUGUUUGGAAAGAAUGGAUUCUAGCGCAACAGGGCUACUGACUAUUCAAUGCCAACAUACUUUUCAUUGUAAAUGUUUGAGUAAAUGGGGUGAUAGUAGUUGUCCGGUUUGUCGGUACAGUCAAAAACGAGAAACUCUUGAAUAUUCGCAGAAUGAAUGCGGUGUCUGUGGUUCUACAGAAUCAUUAUGGAUGUGCAUCUUGUGCGGAAACGUUGGAUGCGGACGUUAUCAAGGUGCACAUGCUUAUUAUCAUUACAAAGAAACUCCAACGCAUUUAUAUGCCAUUGAAUUGGAAACACAAAGGGUAUGGGAUUAUGCUGGAGAUGGAUACGUUCAUCGGCUAAUCCAAAAUAAAUCAGAUGGGAAACUAGUCGAGCUUCCAAGUCCGAAUGCACCCACAUUAAUUCAAAAUCAAUCUGUAGUAAACCAAGAUAAAGUGGAUCAGAUCGAAUUAGAAUAUAGUCACCUUCUUACAACACAGCUUUCAUCUCAAAGAACUUUUUAUGAAGAAAAACUUUCUACAAUCACGCUUCAAUUAUCAUCAUUAAGUAAUCAGACCCAACACAUGCCAAAUCUAUUAAAAGAGAAAAUUGUAAUUGAAAAAAAAUUGAUGAAAUCCCGAGAAAGAAUCGAUAAGAUUGAAAAAGAAUGGAAAGAAGAAAAAGAGAUGGCGAGAUCUUUAGCUGUAAAUCAGCAUCAUCUUCAAGAACAACUCGCAGCUAAAGAUGCAAUAAUCAAAGAUUUGGAGGAACAAGUAAAAGAUUUAAUGUUCAGUUUAGCUUAUCAAGAAAAAAUGAAAGAGAACCCAGAAUUAGCAGGUGGACAGAUAGUUGUUGCUGAGAAUAGUAAUACUGCUGUGGCUGGCGGACGCAAGAAAAGAGGAAAAAAAUAA